AUGAGAAUAGCCACUCUGCAGUUCGCCCCCCGGCUGGGCGACCUCCAAGGAAACAUCCGGAGGGCCAAUGCAUUGCUCCAGGACGGCAAGGUCGUGCAAGGAGCGGGCGUCCGGGUGGCACUAGAUCUCCUGAAGCCGGAUGUUUUGAUCUUGCCCGAGUUGGCCUUGACGGGAUACAAUUUCCCCUCGCUGCAGGCUAUCAAGCCGUUCCUCGAACCGGUCGGCAAAGGCCCUUCCGCGGACUGGGCUCGACAAACGGCCGCGCGCCUGCAGUGCAAAGUCUGCGUCGGGUACCCGGAGAUUGAGACAGACGACAAAGUUCCAGCGGACGGCCUGAGUAACGGCCGGGAAACAUGCUAUAACUCUCUUCUCGUGGUCGAUGCUAAUGGUGACAUCAUCCUGAACUACCGCAAGUCGUUUCUCUACUACACCGAUGAGACGUGGGCCGCAGAGGGCAGCACGGAGCGCGGCUUCCACCGACUCACCUUCCACAGCUCGGACCAAAAUGCACUGGAGUCACAGGUCGCCACGUCCUUUGGCAUCUGUAUGGACAUCAACCCGUACAAGUUCGAGGCCCCAUUCACCGCGUGGGAGUUCGCCAAUCGCGUGCUGGACUCCCAGUCCCAGCUGGUCAUCCUCUCCAUGGCCUGGUUAACGCUGAGGGACCGCGAGGAGCUGGCCGCGCUCGCGGGCGAGCCUGAUAUGGACACCUUCAACUACUGGAUUCAACGGUUCUUGCCACUGAUCCGGAAGACCAUGCGCCACGACGCCAACUUCGACGGCGACGACGCCAGUCGCGGCAAGAAGAUCGUUGUGGUGUUCGCCAACCGAGCUGGUGAGGAACCAGGCACCGAAGGAGCGAAUCCGGCUCGAUACGCGGGGACGAGCACCAUCCUGGCGAUCACGCAGAAACCCGCUGCCGAAGCUGUCCCUGGAAGUGACAGUGAGGACUCCGAUGACACGAAGGGGGCAUUCGAUGUAAAGAUACUUUGUUGGGACAUGAUGGGCGCGACAACGGAAGGUAUUUGUUUCGCCGACACUGCAGACACUCCCAGCAUGGUCUUUGGAUUGGUCAAAGCUGCACAAUAA